AUGGCAAACCCACCCGCUGUCGGCAAGGAGCCACUUAGCCUCUCCAAAGGUCUCCAGGUCUGGACAUAUCUCGAGCCCCACAGCCCGAUCACCGUUGAGCUGGACCAUAAGGGUCAACGGACAUACAUAUGGGGGCCGUCGUCGAACUACACCGAUGCAAAUGACAUAGAGUUUCCGAAAAGCCAUGAGCAUGCAACGCUUUCCAUCAAAGUCAACGGGCAGACCUUGAAACAGUAUACCAUGCAGCUUGGUGCAAUCGAUGGCUCGCUUACAACAACCAUUCCCGCUACUCGAGCCAACCCUGCUUUCAAAGUCGGCGGCUAUUGGCUUUCCAUUGGGAUCAUGAACGCGCCAUCUGGGUAUCAGGAUCAGCUAUACGUGCAUAUGACUUCAGAUCAGUCGGACUGGAUGGCUGCGUUGCCUCCUGGCACUCCUUACCAUGCGCUUUGUCUUGCUGGAGCCCACGACGCCGGCAUGAACACCAUGCAAGGGCUAGACAUGAUCACCAGCAAUAAAGACGCGCUCGACGUUGCUUUGAAAUUCCUCUUGCCUUUCAUUUCCAUCCUAGUCGCCCACAAAUUCCCCGAUUAUGCAGUGUGGCUGGGUGGCCUCACCCAAAAGGACACUAUCUCGAAUAUGCUGGCCAUGGGGGUCAGAUACUUCGAUUUUCGACCGGGAUACUGGGUGAACCAGCUGCGCCCCUUUUUCCAUGACAUUCGUCACCAGCACGCGUUCCUGCCUGGGGCACUCUGGAAAGACAACCUGACAGAGAUCCUUCGAUUUCUGACUGCGCAUAAGAACGAAGUCGUCCAAGUCGCUCUGGGCAGCAGCGGCUUUCAACACGCCGACAUGAUCCCAAGCACAGCCGACCUAAAAAGCAUAAUGGCGCAGGCCAAGGCUUCUCCUGGCGUAGACCCGACCCUGAAAGUUGCUGGCCUGGAGGCGUUCCAGCAGACCCUUGACUCACUUCGUAGCACGAACAGCCGGCUCGUGCUCACUGAUGCAAACCACGGCCCCAAAAUGAAAGUGCUGGAUGCCUACAGUGAUGGAGCUUGGGCAACUCUCAAACCUUUGACGAUUCGCGAGGCUUUCCAAAACGCCAUAACCCCGGCAGCUCAGCAGGGAAAGGAUCAGACAGAGUUCCAGGUCCAGGGCACUGCGACUGCUUGGUACAUCAAUGCCCACCACUACCAGUCUCUGAUCGAUGCGAACCAUUACAACCUGCCACUUGUGCAAACGAAGGGUCAAUUCGACAACAACUUGUUAGGAUACGUCCUUAGACAAGUGCCAACUUUGACAGCCAAGCAGCAUUGGGUCAUACUGGAUGACUUCGUUGAUGGCGUGACGGUGGAGACCGCUAUCGAGAUCACCAAGAAACGUAUUGCACAGCUGGGCCUGCCGUAA